ACGAUUGCUUCAUAGUGAUAAUUUUGUCUCGUAAUUUUAAUUACAAAAAAUACCGAAAUUGUUAUUCAAUUCGAUUUGUGCUAUAAUAUUUAAAAUAUUUGUUUCUCUGUUCGAUUCACUGAAGUAAAAGAGAGAAGCGAGCAAACAAAGUGUAUUAGUCGGACGUUCGUGUUUUGAUUAAUUCAUCAUGCCUUAUGAUUUUGUUCAAGUAGAUGCCUUCACUAAUCGUCCACUAUACGGCAAUCCUGCGGCCGUUGUGUUUGACGCAGACGAUAUUCCUGCUGAAACAAUGCAGAAGAUCGCUCAAGAGAUGAACCUCUCCGAGACCGUUUUCAUUCUAAAGCCCAAUCAUCCAGACGCUGACUAUCGAGUGCGAAUUUUCACCCCGAAAAAUGAACUUCCCUUUGCCGGCCAUCCCACGGUCGCCGCCGCUCAUUCCGUUUUGGCGCGAUUCUCUGAGAAAUCAUCGACCAAACUACUUCGUCAAGAGUGUGGAAUUGGUAUAGUACCUGUUGAGGUGAUCCGCUCGGAUUCAGGUACUUUACUUCGAAUGACUCAAGGAACACCCGAAUAUCGUUCGGUAAAUUUAUCGCGCGACACAAUGGCAAUGAUGCUGGGCUGUGCAGAGAGAGAUCUUGGCGAGCAUCCUUUUGAAGUGGUUUCAACGGGUGUACCUUGGCUUAUUGUUGAACUUACGCACUUUGCGACCAUUUCAGAUUUGAAUCCAGAUCUUGGGCUCAUCACACAGCAAUGCAAAGCUCUAAAGGCGGUCGGAGUUACCGUAUUCGUGGAUCGAUCCAGUGGCGAUAGACCUCGGAUUCGGGUGCGAACCUUUGCUCCAGGUGAAGGCAUCGCUGAAGAUCCGGUCUGUGGAUCUGGCAAUGGAUCAGUACUAGCGUAUAUUGUUCGAUAUAAGCACGCCAACGAAAAGACUGGCGCCUAUGUCGCGGAACAGGGCAUUGAAAUAGGACGUGAUGGUGAAAUUCAUGCAUCCUGGGAACAAGUGCACGAUACUUUACAGGUUAGAAUUGGCGGUGAAGCGGCGAUAUCUGUAAGUGGAAAACUACACCUGUAAUUGACGUAAUCUACGCAAGUGAAUUUGUGUUAUUAAGCUUUGUUGACAUGCUGUGACACUACUAGGUAUAAAUAUGUGUAAAAUGUAUGACCGUUUGAAUGAAUCUUACAUGUUCCAAUUGUAAAAUUGUAAGAAAAUAUAAAAAACAAAAAUCAGAACAGUUUUA